UUUACAGCACACAGCUGAACCGGGGAGCCGCAUGCUUCUUACUUUUCCACCGUUGGAAAAAAUACUGAAUUAGCUUUUUGUGUAAGAAUUACAAUGAACAAACCAAAGAUUGUCAGACCAGAGGAAAGUCAGCCUGCAAACGCCUUGUGGUUUGACAGAAAGAAAUAUGUGACCGUCAACUUCAUGGUUCAAAGGCCUAAAGAUGUCCAGGUGGAUAUCCAGACAGACAAGCUGAUUCUGUGCUGCAAAAACGAGACGGAUGACGUGUUCUACAAUGAACUGCACCUCUACGACAAAAUCCAGAUCUAUGACUCCAGAGAAAGAGUGUACGACCGCACCAUCAACUUCCUGCUCAGGAAGAUCAAACCGGACUACGCCUGGCCGCGUCUACAGAAGGAUGCAGCAAAGCCCAGUUGGAUUUCUGUGGACUUUGACAACUGGAGGGACUGGGAACACGAGGAGGACGAGGGAAAGGAGGAGUUCGACAGAUACGCAGACAUGAUUCAGGAAAUGGCUGCCGGUAACAAAGGAGGACCUCCAGACAUGGGAGAUCUCAGUGAUUCCGACUGACACUCCCACAGCUCUUGUUCCUCUUGUAUUUUUGGCCGCCAGAAAUGUACAGCCUCGAAUAUUCAACAGUGUUGCUGAAGCCUGUGAUACCUGCUGAGGAGUUGAUGUACAAUUGUUCAAAAUUUAGAGUUUUUUCAUAUAAAUAUUUUCUAUCGCAUUAUUUAUUGAUGCUUUAAUAUUCAGUGUA